UGGUCAGAGGAUGCGUUGUCGUAUCAAGUAACUUGUGGUUGUUGCUCGAUCCUUGUUGUUCUCGCACCAUUCGACGUCCUGAUGGCCCUCACAAUACGACAAGCGGCGCUGGUCGAUGAAGCAGCGCUUUCCCACAUCUGCCUCGUCACUGCUGACGCUGGCAAAUCCGCCGACCCAUUGCACGACCACAAAGAGCUGCCAGGCUUGGUUUACGCAGUUCCGUAUCUUCAUCUACCAACAACAUGGGCAUUUGUGUUGGUUGACAACGAGAAUGUGGUUGGAUAUAUCGUGGGUUCAAAGGACACACGUGUUUUCGAACAGCGAGCAGCGGAAGAAUGGUGGCCUAUUCAUGCAGAAAAGUACCCACCCACAGAGAUGGUCAAGGAAGCAGACAAGCGUUACGCGAAGUUAUUGAGAAACAUGGACAUCGCUCCAGAGGCCCACGUUGCCUUCUCUCCGGCCCAUCUCCAUAUAAACAUCGUCGAGGAGCACCAAGGAAAGGGCUGGGGUCGCAAACUCAUCGAGACCGCUGUGAAUCAUCUGAAGACGGAGGGAGUCGAUGGUGUUUGGCUGGGUAUGGAUCCACGGAAUUCGGAGGCCAGGAAAUUUUACCAGCGUGUUGGUUUUUCUACAUUCGAAGGAGCGUCCCCCCAUGCUGUCGGUAUGCGAUUCAAAUGA